AUGGCUCGGACGAAGAUCAAUAUAGCGGAUCAGCCUCGGUUGAAUGACCGAGAGACCACCGCUCUGCUGUCCCACAUUGAGGACUGGGAGAAGGCAAGUGGAACUGAGCGACGACAGAUCUUCAAAGCGGCUGCCAGAGAGGCCAGACUCUUGGCUCCAAAAAUGGACCAAGAGCUCUUGAAGCAACGAAAAGAGAAAUACAGGCAGUGGUUCCACAAUCACAAGAAACACAAGGCCAAUGCCAAAGCGCCAAUGAAGCUGCAAAAGAAAUGGAUGGCACGCUGGGUCAUUGAAGAGCAGUGGAAGGCCGACAUUCUUCAGCAAAUACAUGAAGAGAUUGAGGAGGAGACUGGGCAGAAGCCUGGGCAGAAAGAAGUCCUCAGGAGGUAUCAGCCAACGAUGACGGCAAUUAUGAAAGGGCUGAAUGAAAAUGAGUUGAAGGAGGCCUGGGUGAAGGCCGAUGAGUGGACAAAUCAAGCGCCUGAUGCCGCAGUCCAAGCCAAGACGGCUAAAAAGAAGGGCGAAAAGAUGAUCAAGCACUUCACAAAGGAGAUGUUUACUCAGGCCGGUAUGAGACUCUUUGUAUUGGGAUCCUGGAAGGAUGAGAAGGGCAGCCUGCUUACAUCCGGGCAGAUUGAUUCAGUCGGUCAGUUUGACUUCAAUGAACACCUGGGUAUGGGCUCCAGCUUCAUGAAAUGUAAGGACUGGCAGGUCAUCUUACCGGCAUGGGAAGAUUUCAUUGGUGAUGCAUUCAACCAGGAUCAGGACCAGGACGGCACGCUGCUCGGAGGCACUCACCAGGUUCCAAAACCUCACUAUGAGUUUGACCUGGACCGCAUGGGUUUGCCGAUGUUACCCGAUAUUGAGGAUGUCUCGCUCGACACUAAGAAGGGAAUGAUUCAGUCAUUCCUCACCAUUCAUUACCGAAUAUGCUGUGGAAAACUGAAGGUCCCAGUGCCUUGGAGCGACAUAAUGAAGGGACAGUCCAGAUUCAUCUCCAGCACAUACCUGCCAGAUGACGCAAAAAUCAUGGAGCCAUCUAAAAUGCACUGGGAUGAAGCCAAUGCCUUGUUGGAAUGUUGGUUGGACCGACAGGACAACCAGGUCGGACUAACAUUGAAGUUCAAGGCCUGGAUUGACGACAAGGGCAAGAUGCACCCUCCUGUCGGUGAGGAGUCUGAGGAGUCUGAUGGUGAUGCUGAUGAUGAGGGCGUGUGGCCCAGGCCAACCAAAACAUCAUCGGCAACCACGGCACUGUCACUGGUAGGCAUUGCCAAACGGCAGCUGAGGUUCAUCAAACGAGUUCAUGUCAGCUCCACUGAAGAAGAAUCUAACAAUACCGAUGCAGAUGUGUCUCGCUCAAAGGUUAAUGCACGCGCUCCCGACCAUGCAAGGCAAUGGGCAGAUGCACAAUACAUACAGUGA